AUGUUCGCGAGAACGGCACAGCCUGCUCGGACUCUGCUUCGCAGUGCUUCCGUGGCGCCUUCCCUCGGUCGCUCCAUUCCCGCGAGAUCCUUUGCCAGUGUGCAAUCGGACAUUUUCAAGCCUACCAAGUACGGCGGCAAGUACACGGUUACUCUGAUUCCAGGUGAUGGCAUUGGUGCCGAGGUCGCCGAAUCGGUCAAGACCAUCUUCAAGGCCGACAACGUGCCCAUCGAGUGGGAGCAAGUCGAUGUCAGCGGUGUGGACACGGGCAACAAGCACUCGGAGGAGCUGUUCAAGGAAUCCCUGGCGUCGCUCAAGCGCAACAAGCUAGGCCUGAAGGGAAUUCUGUUCACGCCAGUGGAACGAUCGGGCCACCAGUCCUUCAACGUCGCCCUUCGACAGGAACUGGACAUUUACGCGUCGAUUUCUUUGAUCAAGAACAUUCCGGGCUACGAGACCCGUCACAAGGAUGUCGACCUCUGCAUCAUCCGUGAGAACACCGAGGGCGAGUACUCGGGCCUGGAGCACCAGUCAGUGCAGGGCGUGGUGGAGUCCCUGAAAAUCAUCACCCGCGCCAAAUCUGAGCGCAUCGCCAAGUUUGCCAUGGGCUUUGCGCUCGCCAACAACCGGAAGAAAGUCACUUGUAUUCACAAGGCUAAUAUCAUGAAGCUGGCCGACGGCCUCUUCCGCAGCACGUUCCACAAAGUCGCGGAGAACUAUCCCACCCUGGAGGUGAACGACAUGAUUGUGGACAACGCUUCCAUGCAGGCUGUCUCUCGCCCCCAGCAAUUCGAUGUGCUGGUCAUGCCCAACCUUUACGGUGGUAUCCUGUCCAACGUUGGCGCUGCUCUCGUGGGUGGCCCUGGGGUGGUUCCUGGCUGCAACAUGGGUCGCGACGUGGCCGUCUUCGAGCCGGGCUGCCGCCACGUGGGUCUCGAUAUCAAGGGCAAGGACCAGGCCAACCCCAGCGCCAUGAUCCUCUCUGGUUCCAUGCUCCUCCGUCACCUGGGUCUGGAUGAGCACGCGAACCGCAUCUCUAAGGCGGUUUACGAUGUGAUCGGCGAGGGCCAAACCCGAACUCGCGACAUGGGUGGUCAGGCUACCACUCAUGAAUUUACCCGAGCUGUUCUGGACAAGAUGGAGGCGGCUCUGUAA